AUGGGCGGAUGGGUGAAAAGCAUACCUUUUCAUGUUUUUAAGAGGCAUUUCACAUCUAUUAGUUUGAUUAGGUUUCGUUUGGUCAUGGCGACAAGACGAAGCACUUUCGCUGGAGGCGAGAAAGAAGCGGAUAGUCGCGUCAGAUCUUUAACAGAUACCGCCUUUCUGAAGUCGCCUAAAAAAACCUGCAGCUGUCUGGAAUUGGUGCGAGAAACUAUUCCAGCUCUUACAGAGUGUGCUCACAAAGGACAAAUGGGUAGAAUAGGAGUGAUAGGAGGAUGUCAGGAGUAAGUAUGCUUCGAAUAAAGAGGGUUCAUAUGGGUAGAGUCCACCUUGAAUUUCAUAAUAUAUGGGACCUUUUGAUUUGUUUCUAGUCUUGUCUUAGAAGCGUUCUUAUGUUAUAUAUUGAAAGAAAGGUUAAAUUAAAUUACCAUUGGUGAAGUUAACAUUGCCUUAUGUUUAUUUAACAAGGCAUAAGAUAUCGCACAGCCAGUUUCUUGGUGCAAUGUGUACCACUGGGUCAUAUACAUUUAGAAAAAGCCAUACCCAGUCCUUGGUCAGUGUUGUAACUUUAUGCAAAAACUUUAAAACUGAACUGCACCUUAUGCUGAACCACAGUCAAACCUGUAUAAUAUGUCAGCUUUGGGGAAAGCUAAAUGACCUCUUACAGCACAGCUUGACCUCAAAAUACAGUUUUGAGCAGCCUCUGAGAGUAAACAAAGAAAAGGAGAGGAUUAUGAAGAAAAGUAUCCUGUUUGAAUACCAAAAACAAAAAUACAACAAUGAAAGUGUUUUUUGUCUUAAAAUUAAAAAGAAAAUCUGACCAAAAGAAGACAUGGGUAGUAACAAGUCAUCAGUGCACAAUUUCUCCAGUCAUUCCUUUGAUGUCAUUUCGCAUAAGUUAGUUCUACAAUGGUUUUGGUUGUUACGUGAAACAGUAACAAGUUAAAGCCAAGCUAUUGUCACCUUAAAUAAAAGAUUUCUAUAGAUGACUAUAAAAAGUGAUACUAUUUUCCAGGUACACUGGUGCUCCUUAUUUUGCAGCAAUAUCAGCUUUAAAAGCAGUAAGUUUAUUCUAUGUAACAAUAGCUAAAAUGUGAAAUUUUUGUAACUUAUGAAAAAGCUGUGAAAUACUGGUCUAUGGACAUCCUUUUCAGCACUGUAUAUUCUACUCACUAGCAACUAACUUUACUCUUCAUUUUUUGUCUAUGAAAUUUUUAAUUCCCAAUUUUUUUUCAAAUUUUUUUCAAACAAACACUCAUGUAAAAAUUAAGUGAUUGUAAUAAUGUUGCAAUAAUUUUUGAUUUGCAGGGAGCAGAUUUGUCUCAUGUCUUCUGUACUAGUGACGCAUCCGUGGUGAUAAAGUCUUACAGUCCUGAACUCAUUGUUCAUCCACUCUUGUUAGUACUAAAAAACAUAAAUGUAAUUAGGGAUACUUUACAUUUGAAAGCAAUGCCAAAGAAAUUCCAUUUAAAGGGACAGGUUCACGGUUCAGCGGAUACUCAUUUAUCAAAAUGCUGUUUUUCUGCUGGGACAUGCUGUAUUGUCUAUGCAAACAAAUAAUAUGAUCAUGUCAUAAUGUUGUCAAAGAACAUACUAAUCUGCACACUCCCCUGGCAGUCACUUGCACUUGAUCAACUUAAAUGUAGGCAAAUAGCUGUAAAUUAAUCAACCGUGGAAUAAAUCCUUCAGGCCCCAGUUGUUCAAAAGCUGGAUAGCGCUAUCCAUCGGAUAAAUUUCUAUCCAGUAGAUUAGUAUUAGGGAAACCAAUUGCACUAUCCAUUGGAUAGCGAUUUAUCCGGUGGAUAGCGCUAUCUGCCUUUUUAACAACUGAGGCCAGGUCAACAAUAAAUUCAACGUUGGUGGUGUUGGCAUAACCCACUAAUUUUUUCUACGAUUUUAGUACUCCUCCUUCCUACUUCAGGACUCUGAAAUACAUUUCUACUUUGAAAUACACUCUGUGAUCGCUAAGAUACAUGAGAGUGGGAUUAUUAACCAAUAGAAUUAAUAAUAAAUUGGAAAAAAGUAAUUUAAUUAAUGAGCAUGCGCUUAACUGUGAACUUGUCCCUUUAAAUGUAUCCUGGAAACUUUCAUUACUUAUUUCAAAACCACCUUUUUUGCUUAAAGUGGUCUAUCUUCCCCAGCCUUUUUGAGAAAAAAGGAAAAAAUUUUUGAGUUUCUCAGUGGCUAUUGUUUAACUUUAUUGUCUUGAACAAAUCUCCACUUCUUGUAGUGAGGAGAAAAAAAUGUUUUUUACUUAUGUUUCAAGUAUAGCAGUGAAAGUUUGAAAAAGUAGGUAAAAUGCCUGUGGUUGCAGGUUGUGAGAGAAGUAAGAAUGGACCUGACUUUGCAAUAACAUAAUUAUUUUAAUAUCAGUUGUUGCAGGAGCUAAAGGCUGUAUGUAGUACAUGUAGUUUGUAGGAAAAGGCCUCCUGUUACCUGCAGCCCUUUACUAACAGCUCACUGUGUUUCCCCAGGGAUAAAAAAACUGCUGUGAAAGAGGUAAAAGAUUGGCUGUCAAGACUUCAUUGCCUCGUCAUAGGCCCAGGGAUGGGAAGAAAUCCAACAAUAAUUGAGAAUGUCAAGGUAAUUUCAUAAUUUCUUGAUUCUUACUAUUGUUUUGUAAAAAUUGCAAAAUGUGCACUCUGCUCACUUUGUAUUUUUCUUUUUGUAUCCAGGGUGUUCUUGAACUUGCAAAAGAACAAAACAAACUCCUUGUCAUAGAUGCAGUUGAGUAAACUAUUUAAUGAUACAACUUACUGGUAACUUUUAGGUGUGUGUGUGUGUAUGUGUUAUCUUUUGCUUUUGAUGAUCAAUGUUUCUUUGGUAAAUUUUCACUUAUAUGUAUUUAUCAGUACGGAAUUAAAGAUUUUUUCUCUGCUGGGUCUUUACUCCUAUAGUAAAUUUGUAAAGUUAUUAGCCAUGCAAAAAGACUGUUUAAUUUUUUUUUAUAGGAUGGGCUCUUUAUGGUCACCUCGUACCCUGAAAUAGUCAAGAACUACACCAAGGCAAUACUAACACCAAAUGCAAUGGAGUUUUCAAGAUUAUACAACACCAUGGUACUGAAAUUAUAGACUGCAAAUGUAAUUAUUAAUUUGUUCUGAAAUAUUUUGGCUGAAUCAUUAAUCAAAUAAGACAGAGAAAGUAUUAUUGAAGUAACUGCCUCUUUCAACCUGUAUCCCUGAAAAAGCUGGAUACAUGGUAACACUGUCCUUCCUUUUAGAGGCUCUUCUAUCUUCAGUGGCUUUAAGAACAACAAACAGACAUAUUAUGUGCUUCAUAUCCUCUUCUAAGUGUAUUUUGAGGUGGAUAUGUGGAUAUGCAGUGAUUAUUAUUUGCCAGGGUAAAGGUUUUUAAUCUACCAGGGGGACAGAGAACCUCAGGAAAUAUUAUCAACUUUUACUCCGAUUCCUUGGGAUGUCAAUUGUCAUGUUAUAACUAGGGUAUAAUAUGGCUGUUUGUACCAAUUUCUAGUUUGGCCGGGAACCUGAUCCUUCAAUAGACUCUUCAAGUCAUGUGACUCAGUUAUGCCGAGAGUUCGGGGGGGUCACAAUAUGUCGAAAAGGACAAGAAGACAUUCUUGCAGAUGGAAAGGAUGGUAAGAAAUUUGGCUUCUAUGUUCUUAUAGAAACUUGUGAGUAUUCUGUUUUUGCUGGGUUGCAUUGAAAAAGUAAACGGAGAUUUUAGUUGUGUGUAGCCGUUACUAUAAAGGGUUUAGUUUCUAAAGAAACUGGGUGGAUCCAGGACGGUUUGGUAUUAGUGGUCUAAACUUGUGCACUGUUGAAACUGUUUAUCAAAACCUCACGUUUCCCUGGAGCUAUUGAGGAGCUUGCUUGAAUGUUGUUGUUAGUUUGGAUCGUAAAGAGGUGAUAGGCAGCGUAUAGGCACAUCGUGAAAAAAAAAAUUCAGUUUCAAGAUAUUUAUGCUAGUUAAUUACUUGUACUAAAAUUAACCGUCUUCUGUCCUAACGGAUUCCAAUAAUUAUUAUUUUUGGUGGGGGAGGGGGGGUGGGGGUGAGAGUGGCAUGUACAGCCCCCAGACCCUCCCACUGGAUCUGACUCUUGGUAGGGUAACUGAAAGAGAAACGAAUCCUGUAAAAAUCCGUCUAAAGUCAGUGGAGUCAAUGUCAUGGUUUCUUGAGAGAUAAUCACUGUUUUUUUGUUCCAACCCUUUGUACCAUUGUAUAGUAGUUCAUUGUACAACUGAAGGAAGCAACAGGAGGUGUGGAGGACAAGGUGAUCUUUUGUCAGGAUCCAUGGGAGUAUUCUUUCAUUGGGCUGAUACAACAUUCAAGAAAAAGACCAAGGAAGAAAGGUAUUCAUAUAAUAAAUAAUAUUAUUAUACAUCAGACUCACUAUGAAAAAUCUGAUUGGUCGAGAGCAUUCAAUCAAUUCACAAUAGCUUGUGAACUUGACAUGAUAAAUGCAAUAUCUGCUGCAGAUAUUGCAUUUAUCAUGUCAAGUUCCACGUCUGCCUGGUUACCAAGCCCCUUGGAGUGUUCUCCUCAGAAACAGAAUGGCUGAAUGUCUUCUUUUGCCUAUUGUUUAAAAAAUGUACAAUAAAACAAUUAUUGAAUUUGGUUUUUGCAUGAUAUCAUGAAUUAUCAAAACCUCAUGUCUGUAUUAUCUGCCUCAGCCUUCGGCUUCGCAGAUAACACAGACCUCGGUUUUGAUAAUUCAUGAUACCAUGCUCAACCUCAUCCAAUAAUUGUUUAAUAAAUGUCUUUAUUGCUUGUUAGAUAAAAAUACAUAUCUAAUGUUACAGGAUAAAAAGAUUAAAAGUUCAGCUAAAUUGCAAUGGAAUAAAAAGAUUAAAAAAUGUGAAAAACUAGGUACAUAUAUCUGACAUAAAAUAUCAUAAAAGGUUGUAUUUAAAAAUUUAUCUAUUUACAAAUGUGUUCUUAUAACGUUCGGUGUUUAUCUUGGGCCUUUGGCAGCUUUUACGUCUAAGGUUGUAGGUUAAAUUGUUCUUUUCUUGCGGUAAGCGAACCUUCAGAGGGUGGUUAUCACGCUGUUAAACGUUUUUAAAAAUCGCUUCAUGAUCUUGUUUUUGUAGUAUUGAUCUAUUAUUUAACUGCACAGAUAUAAAGCACAACUUAUAGCAUCUGUCUAAAAAUUGCUGAAGGGCAUUAAUUUCCGUAUCGGAAGCACCAUAAACAGAUAGUCUGUAGGUUAUGUUACGAAGAACAAUACUAUAAAAGAGACAAUCAGUUUCUGUCUGGCAGUAACGCUCUUUUCUACAUACUCUCAGCACGUGUACACAUUUGUUGGCCUUGCACAGUUUAGCUUUUAUGUGUGCAAAAAAUUUACAGUCAUUCCUGAAAGGUCAACCUAAUAAAUCAAGAGUGGCAUGUCCCGCACGGGAUCCUUUGAUUUUCAGUUAAGAGGCUUAUAAUGACUGUUACAAGAUAGUAAACGUCUUCACAGUCAGCCAUUAGAGUCCCCCCCCCUCAACGGACGGAAAGGGGGGGGCGAAGGGACGGAUUGCAUUUCAGACUAUUGUAUAUAACGUUGUAUUUUUUUAUCGCUGUGCCUAUUUAUUGAGCCCUCCUUAACCAAGAUUUUGUUUCCAUUUAACUUAAUUAUUUUACUGCACUUAUUAAACUUUAGCCUUUAAAAGCGAACACAUUACAUUUUCUAUUGCACUUACAGAGCAUGCGCAUAUGGUCGAACAUUGGUAGCUGCCUAUGGUGCCUGCGCUUUAACACGAACCUGCAACAGACUGGCGUUUGCAAAGUACAAGCGGAAUAUGACUACUACAGAUAUGAUCGCAGAGAUUCACGACGCAUUUCAAUUGUUAUUUCCUGAGAAAAAGUCAGAUGAAAACGUAACAAGACAGGAACAUACUGUAUGAAGUAAUUCAGCGGACUUUGUGAUGGAAUUUUAUUGAUUAGGCAUAUUUUCGAUAUUUACAAGAUCUAAAUGUUUAAUACAUGCAGAGAUUAUUAUUUUCGGGCGUUAGGAUAAUAUGUUUUCAUGCUUUUAGGGGGAAACUUAAAAAAAUCAGUCGAACGUUUUUCGUCUUUCCUCCAUGCUGUUUUAACCUUCUACAAUUUCCGUUAUUGGCUUUUAAUACUGUGUAAGCUUAUUUUCUUUUCUGUAGUUUUCAGUAAGAUAAAACAGUCGGUGAGUACGCAAAUUGUCUUAAAUUUCGUGACAUACUCCUUUUUUCUCACAGAAAACCUUAUUUACUUUAGAAAUAUGGGUUACUAGUUGACCAGGAUUCAAGAGACAUGAAUUCUUGUCAUUUGCAUAAUUCUUCAAACACUCUUCAGUGUGGCUAAACCCUCUCACAUUUCAAAGUCUAUCCUGGAGAAAUGUAAUGCUGUUGUUAUGUUGACCAUUUAACCCUUUAAGCCCCAAAAUCCACAUACAAAUUCUCCAAACUGAUCUCUAUACAUUUCCAUAAAGAAUGUGUUGAGCAAAUUUUAUAAAAGAUCAAGGCAUUUUCUCAUUGUUGAUCAUUUUAUUAAUUCUCAUAACCUAGUCUCUUGACAAAUUAUGGAUAUCGUUAGGAGAAAAUUGAUGUUGGUCACCAUUGGGACUUAAAGGGUUAAAUGAAGCACGUCAUGGGUACUUGCUGUCUAGAGCCCAUGGUCAAAAUUCUAAUUGGGGCGUGUUACGGUCGUAUACUUCAUUAAACAUUUUAAUCGUGCUAGUUCUUUGUUUAGUUUUGCACAUUCCUUUUACAUUCUUUUUAGUUAUCGCAAUUCAUAUUCUGUUAGAUUUCUUUGCAUAAUUUCUUUUGUUUUUCGAUCAUUUUGUAAGUUUCAUCGUUUAUGUUAGAUUCAUUUCGCUUCAGAGUUCGCAGCAACAUCAUCUCAGUUUCGUUCAGUUUUGUUUGCCAUCGUACCCUUUUCCCUUCAACUUUGUUCAAGUCACACAACGUUUGUAAGUACUUUCUCUUAGUUUGUUUCCUUUCAUGUAUUUUCGUCGUUUCAUAGCUGUUAUUUGUAUUCCUUAGUAACUUUCAAUUUUGUUUUUAUUGUAACAACCGUAAUCGUAAUUCGAUGUUACCGUAAUAACAAAAGAGUUGGAACCGUGGGACUGUUCGCUAUAUAAGGGCGUCUACGACAGUUUUUGCGUGAUAGCGUCACCGUGUUAUCAUUUUAAACGUUUUCCAUUACGGCUUUCAAAUUGAAAUUCGGGAUUUUUUUAUAUUUAAACUUUCCGUCCCGUUGGAAGUGAAAAAGUUAAAUUCAUGGCAGUGAUUGUUGUGAGUUUGUUACAACUCUUUUUUUGUUUUCCAGUUUUUGCAUGGGACCUAUAAGUCCCGUUCGUGCACAUUCCCGCUGGGCAGGCCUGUGUCCAGAAAAGCUGGUAAAUAAAUAAAUAAAUUUGAAAAUCGUGAAAGGGCAAUGACUAUUUGUCCUCAUACGAGAUCCUCAGUGCAAGUUACUUGAACUAUGAUUGACUUCACUUUUUUGGAAAAAGUGAAACAGUUGUACACUGAAAAGUAAAUUGUACUGACCAUGUAAUAUGUAAAUCAUGAUAACAAGGGUUAAUUAUAUUAAGAUAAAUGUGAAUAAAAUGUGAUUAGUAC